AUGUCUCUUCCGCGGAUUCUCGCGCAGAUUGCCUUCACAGGGAGCCGUAUUUUGGGCCGCGCUUUUGCGGAGGCGGGCCGCCAGGCUGUGCGGAACGUUCGUGCGGGUCAGGUCGAAGGCGCUGCGCCGGCCGGCGGCAAGGCUGGGUCGGCUGCCAAUGCGAUUACGCUCGCGCACCGUAUGACGCUCGACGAGGCGAAGCUCAUUCUCAAUGUCAAGAACGACAUUUCGGCCGCCGCGAUGAAGAAAGAGGGCGGCGUGACCGAGGCGAUCCGCAGCGAGCUCGGCGAGAACUACGAGCGGCUGUUCAAGAUCAACGCGCCGCCUGCGCCCAAAGGCAAGGAGGGCGGCGGGAGCGGCUCCUUCUACAUCCAGAGCAAGAUUGUGCGUGCGCGCGAGCGCAUCGAAGAGGAAUGGAAACUCUUGGAAAAGGCUGCCGAGGAGACUGCAAAGCCAUAG